CACAAAGCGCGGUGGGCGCGGCCGCCGCGGCCCCAGACACGCGGGCGGGGCCCCGCUCGCCGGCUGCUCCCGCGCGUCACUUCCGGAUCCGCCUCGCGGGGAAGCGCUUCCGGGGCAGCGGCGCGGCGCGGCGGCGCGGGGAGAGUGUGCGGAGGCGAGCUGAGGAGAGGUGUGCUGGCGGCUGGGCCAUGGCCUCCGACCUGGACUUCUCACCUCCUGAGGUGCCGGAACCCACCUUCCUGGAGAACCUGCUGCGUUACGGACUGUUCCUGGGGGCCAUCUUCCAGCUCAUCUGCGUGCUGGCCAUCAUCAUUCCCCUGCCCAAGUGCCACGAGGCGGACGGGGAGCCAGCUGUGCCUCGGAGCACCGAGGUGACGAGGAAGCCCAGGGCUGCGGCUCCCGCCGCCAGCAAGAGGCCCAAGAAGGAGACGAAGAAGAAGCGAUAAAGGGGGACCUGCAGGGCGGGCCAGGCCCAGGGCGACCCUCCUGGGCCCCCGCGCCCUGUUCCCUCUCUCCACCCCAGAUCCGGGGGCCCAGGACGUCGCCCAACCACAGAGCGGCACAGCAAGGACGGUCCCGGGCUGGCUGGACCAUCACUUCCUCUCUGGCAUCCCUGACCCCUCAGGGCCGGGGCUCGGGUCGGGGGUGGGGGGCCAAGACCCUGUGAGCAGAGCCUGUCUCAGAAGCAGCUGGGCCUCGAGAGUGACACACGCUCUCUUACUCAUCAUGUCCAGCCCUGUCACCCACCUCAGGCCCGAGUCCUUGUCCCCUGCCAUUGGGCACGCCCGCUCUCUUCCUCGGCUGCCCACAGGGGCCAGCAGCGCCACCCCUGUUUGCAGGACCCAGGACAUCUCGGCCACAGCUGUGUUCAGGGGUCCCCGAGCACCACGGCCUGGUCUGGGAGAGACGGGGCUGGUGGGAGGCGUUCAGCGGGGUGAGCGCCGGCGUCCUGCGCCCCAGCUCCGGGAGUGUCUGAAAUAGGGGUGCUGGUCAGUCUCACCCCCUCUUCUCCACCUGCCAGCACCUGUCCUGGCUGUGCCUUUUGGCUUGUCUGUCACUCCCGGUGUUCUCACCCCCUGACUGCCGAGACGUGUCAAGGAGUGACGGUCAAUAAAGUGGCCUCAUGCUGACCUCUCA